CACGUCGUAUAAUAUUCAUAAUUUGCUGUAUCAACAUGAGUGAAACACAAUCAAAAACUGACUUGGAAUCUAUUGUUAAGAUUCAGACUUUUGUAUUUUUUGAUUUGGAGACAACAGGUCUCAUUCACGGCUCUAGUAUGCCCAAAAUAACCGAAAUAUCAUUAGUUGCAACGUCGAGAGAUUCCUUAUUCAGCAGGGACCACAGGUUGCCCAGAGUUUUGCACAAGCUCCUGAUUCCAGUGCAACCGAUGCGACUCAUUCCAUUGAUAGUUUCUGAAAAAACAGGUCUCUACAACGAUUUAUUGGAACAUGAGAAGCCGUUUGAUCAUCAUACAUUCGACUUAUUGAACUCUUUUAUCAGCAGACUGCAUCCUCCGAUGUGUUUUGUGGCUCACAAUGGAAAGAGAUUUGAUUACCCGAUUAUUUUGUCUGAGUUGAAUCGCAUCGGAAGGACUUUACCCGAGAAUAUUUUAUGCAUUGAUUCGUUAGAUGCAUUUAGACAUUUCUUUAGGCAUGGUCAUUCUGACGAAAGUAAAAAACCUGUUGCUCUGUCAGUUAUAUCCAAGGAUGAGAGCACGACAUUCUUUGAUGACGGAAUCGACGCAAAACUUUCUGCAGCCCUUGAUACAUAUACAGUCACUUCAACAUCAUUAGGAAACUCAAUGCAAAAAUUAAAUGAGACAACACCAACUCAUCAGAAGAGCAGUCCAAUGAAUAUCAAACCCCGUAAGCUAUUCAAGAGAGAAUAUGGAUCACCAGCUAAAAAACGAUUAGAAUUUACCUAUGGUGCACCUGCUAAUUUCAAAUUGGAAACACUGUACAGGCACUUCAUGGGUGCUGAUCCACUCAAUUCUCACUCCGCAGAGGAUGAUUGUUUAUCGCUGCUUAGUUGCGUACUGAAAAUCGGUGUUUCGUUCGUUUCUUGGGCAGACCGCAAUGCUGGUCCAUUAAUUCGAUGUGCAAUAAAAAAGUAGUAAACUCCAUCUUGUAGAUGGAGUUUUAUUGUGAGAUCUCAGUACCAAAGAGAUUUGUGAAUGUUGCUAUGAAAAUAAAUAUAGCAUGCUAGUUAGAGUUGUUGAUGAAUCACAGUUGUCCAGAGCAAGAAUUAAUCAUAUGCAGAUACAAUGCAUAGCGAUUUUGCUCUAAUAAGUUAAGUUGGGUUAAAAGAAAAAUUUACGGUUCUUGCGAAAAUGAAUAUAUUCUUCAUAAUCAAUGUUCUGUGAUAUGCAGUCUCCCAUCGAUUACGCUAAUUUUUCUUACAUUUUACCUAUUUAAAAUUGAUAUAUUUUUUAAUCGAAACCAUGUCAUGUUUGGGUUUGCAAGAAAAAAAAUCGCCAAUCUAUUUUGGCGUAUAU